UGGUUUAAACUUGGUUUAUAAACUCGGUUCGCCCGUCUUCUAUUCUCUGCUAAAUACUAAAAGCAAUGGCUUCAGACCCAUCCUCCUAUUCCAGACCCCCAGUCACCGGCUACCCUCAAUCACAACACCAAAACGGCUACCCACCACCUCCGGCCACCGUAUACCCGCCUCCCUACUAUUACCACAACCAACCCCAACCUUUCUACCCCAACCCUCGCACCACUCUCCUCCGCCGCAUGGUCGCCGCUAUCCUAGUCGCCACCGUUCUCUUCUUCACCAUCUUCUUCAUCUGCUGGCUCGUCCUCCGCCCCCACCGCCCCCAAUUUCGCAUCACUUCCUUCUCCCUCUCUAACUUCAACCUUUCCCACCCCCAGCGGCUCACCGCCGACUGGAACGCGCGGUUUCAGGUCUAUAACCCUAACAAGAAGCUCAAAAUCUCGUACGAUCAGAUUGUCUGCUCGCUUCUCUACAGAACCGAGAUCUUGUCUCAGACACGUGUCCCUCCGUUGUAUCAGGACACCAAGAAUCUAUCGUUUUUCGACGCGUCGUUCUCGGCGUUGGACACUUACGUCGACGACUGGGUGGUUAAGGGGAUAAACGAGGACCGGUCGCAGCGGCAGGCGGUUUCGUUCAAUCUGAGGUUGGCGGCUGAUGUCGGGUUUAAAGUUGGGUCGUUUAGAGCCCGUCGCCGGUAUCUUAGGGUUUUGUGCGACGGUGUUACUGUUGCUAUUUCUUCUGGUUCUACUGCUUCUGCCAACUUCACUGGGGCUUCUAGAGAAUGUAAGGUUUAUGCCUGACUUGGUUCUAUUUUAUUUUUGAUUUCAUUUUAUUGAAUUUGCAAAUUCAAGGAAUAUGCAGAGGCAGUUAACUAUGACAUAAUAUUUUUGUGAUUCUAAUGUAGGUGUUUUUUAGUAGGUGUAAAUGGGGUUUUAAGCCCCAAAUUUAGUCUCUGUUUGUAUAGUGACUUAUUAGUUUAUCCUAGCUAAUUCAUUUCUUUUCGGCUGUUUUAUCGCACUA